AUGUAUAACCGUCCAAGUUCCAAAACUAGAUAUUAAUAAGAACCUACUAUGGAUUCAAUCAAUCUUAAAGAAAAAUAAUUAUAUUUAUAAUCUAGUAGCAUAAGUAAAUCAACAUUUCAUUCAUUUCCUAUAUAGAUCCAUUAACAGGUGCAAUGUUGAGACCUGAUUAAUCAUACAAUUAAUAGCAAUAUAAUAAUGCUAAUUUUGAUAAGAAAAUUGCCUUAUAGGCCAGCUCUAUUAGUAUAUUCAUACACAAAUAUUAGAUCCCCUCACGGGAGCCCCUCUUGUCAGAAAUCCAAUUAGUUAUCAACAAGACCCUCCUCAAUACAAAUACUAGUCCUAAGGUCCCCAACAAAAUGCUGGUGGCUAUGCUACAUCGGCAGGUCUAAUUGGAUCAGGAGGAAAUGGUAAUGAUGCGUAAUUUCAAAAGAAUUUGGUGAAAUUCUUCGCUGCUGAUGACCCGAAUCAAAUCUAAUAUAAAUCUAAUAAUAAAGCUAACAAUUCAAUACCAUCAGACCCUUAAUUUCAGAAGAAUCUUGUCAAAUUUUUUGCGGCUGAUGAUCCCUCUUAGUUGAAUAAAUAAAAUAAUAACAUCAGACAAAGCAAUUCAAGGGCAAAUAAUGCAUAUCCACAAUAAUCCUAUCCCUAACAAUAUCAAGGAUAAUAGUCUAGAAGCUAAAACGAUCAACAAUUUUAACAAAACUUAAAUAAAUUCUUUGCUGCUGACGAUCCUUCUUAAGUCAAAAAACCUACGUCUUAAAAAUAAUACACAAGCCACUCUUAAUAAUAACAAUAACGAUAUUAACAAUUUAAUGAUGCUCCUCCUGAUCCUAGAUUGGUGAGUGAUCCCAAUUUUUAAAAGAAUCUUAAUAAAUUUUUUGCUGCUGAUGACCCUUCGCAACCAAAAAAACAAGUAACCAAACAAUCACAAUAAUAAUAAUAAAUUAAUGCUAUUGAAUAAAACAAACUUUAAAGACUAGAGUAGGAUCCUAGGUUCUAAAAAAAUUUAUAGCAAUUUUAUGGAAUUGAUGGAGGAGCAUCUCAACAAUAUGGGGGUGGCUAGUAUGCAUUAUAUUUUAUUAUCAUAGAAAUACCUAAGGCUAAGGAAAUGUUCAGUAUUAGAAUAAGUCUAUCAAAGUGCUUGCAAUUACUGAUAGCAGUUCAGCAGCAAGGAAUUAAGUCUCUGCUUUCUUUAGAACUAGAGGUAUCGAUGAUUUCGAUGUAUUCACAUAUCCUGGAGGUGUUUUUGGUUUACAGAAUAAUUCUCUUUAGGAACAAAGCUUAAAAUAAUACCUAGAUACUAUGAGCAACGCAUAUAACAUUAAGGAAGUAUACAUAAUCUCUGUUCUUGAUAACAGUAGUGUAAUUUAUAGAAUUAUUUAUAGAAUGCAAGAUUAUACACUAAUACUAAUGAUAAAAGAUCUCAUUAGAUAGCUAUUUAAGAUUUAAAGACCGUUUUGGAGAAUAAAUUAAGUGUUUAAUUUAAAUUACAGGGAAUUAUAAUAGAUCAAAGAGGAGCGUCAGAGAAAGCCUUUUGAAAAAUAUGUUCAAUUAUCA